AUGUCUGACGAUGAUAUGGACGAUUGGCCAGUGCAAGACAUAAUAUACACCUCCAUUGUGGGGGUUGUGAUGCUUGCUGCUGUGCUGGAGUGGUUUCUUUGGAUCGCUGCAUUUCUCUAUUGCCUCUGGAAGGUCUUCGUCAAAGCAGAACACUGGACCAUCAGAGUGCUUUCCGUCGUCGUUGCCGUACUUUUCACAGCGCUGAGGUCCAUCUUCCUUCCCAUUAUGGUUGUCACCCUGCCGCUUCCCGCUGCUGUCGUCGGAGUUUGGCCAGCUGGCAUGGUCGAGAUUCUGCAAUGGUUCGGAUUUUGGUGUUUUGCUGGUCUUCUAACAGUUCCCUGGCUCUUUUGCAUCUACCAGCUGGUCACCAAUCAACUCGGCCGCACCAAGAGAAUCAAGCAGGUCCUCGAUGAAGUGUCUGCACCUAAAGUUGUCAUUGUCAUGCCAUGCUACAAGGAGGAACCGGAUAUACUCGUCAAGGCUGUCAAUUCUGUUGUUGACUGCGACUAUCCACCGUCAUGUAUCCAUGUCUUCUUGUCGUUCGAUGGCGACCAGGAGGAUGAACUCUACCUAAGGACCAUUGAGAGUCUGGGCAUUUCCUUGACCCUCGAGUCCUACCCCAAGAGUAUCGACGUCAUUUACAAAGAGGCACGUAUAACAGUCUCCAGAUUCUCGCAUGGCGGUAAGAGACACUGUCAGAAGGCCACGUUCGAGCUCAUCGAUAAAGUCUAUCGGCACUACAUCCAGCGCAACGACAACUUGUUCAUUCUUUUCAUCGACUCGGAUUGCAUUUUGGAUCGACAUUGUCUGCAGAACUUCGUCUAUGACAUGGAGCUGAGCCCAGGUAACCGACGAGACAUGCUGGCCAUGACUGGAGUCAUCACAUCCACCACCAGGAAGCACAGCCUCAUAACGAUUCUUCAAGACAUAGAGUACGUCCACGGACAGCUCUUUGAGCGCACUGUCGAGUCAGGAUGUGGCUCUGUCACUUGCCUGCCCGGUGCUCUGACAAUGCUCCGGUUCUCUGCAUUCCGUAGGAUGGCGAAAUACUAUUUCGCAGACAAGGCCGAGCAGUGCGACGACCUCUUCGACUUCGCCAAAUGCCACCUGGGAGAAGAUCGUUGGCUGACGCAUUUGUUCAUGAUCGGAGCGAAGAAGCGGUAUCAGAUCCAAAUGUGCACAUCCGCCUUCUGCAAAACAGAGGCCGCGCAAACGACCAAGUCCCUCAUCAAACAACGUCGAAGAUGGUUUCUAGGUUUCAUCACCAAUGAAGCGUGCAUGCUCACGGACUGGCGGCUUUGGAAACGGUAUCCGGUCCUCAUCUUCGUUCGCUUCAUGCAGAAUACAAUCCGCACAACGGCUCUAUUGUUCUUUAUCAUGGUCCUCGCCAUCAUCACAACGUCGAAAAAGGUUGACCAGCUGCCUGUCGGGUUCAUCGCCGUUUCCCUGGGGCUGAACUGGCUUCUGAUGAUAUAUUUUGGAGCCAAGCUGAAGCGGUUCAAGGUUUGGCUGUACCCGAUGAUGUUCGUGGUCAACCCCUUCUUUAACUGGUUCUACAUGGUGUACGGUAUCUUCACGGCCGGGCAGAGGACGUGGGGUGGUCCUCGAGCGGACGGUGCAGAAGCGAAUCCGGGCACGACAGCCCAGGAAGCCGCCGCGGGCCGGAGAUGGAGCCUUAACAAGGGAAACCAAGGCGGUGGCCUCGGCAGAAAGACCAGCGUGGUACGGCCGCCGGAUAAGAUCGACGGCCGUUUCGCAGCGCGGAAUCAGCUGCACGGAGGCUUCUUCACACACGGCGACGAGUCUCUCGUCAGCAUCGCAGCCGGCGGGAGUGGAGAGGCGUCGGAGCCUGGCACCCGCUUGGCGCCUGAUCCUCGUGAAAGCUUCGACAGCACUCUCCAUAGUCAGACUGACGGCAACUAUGGGGCUCCUCCGCGUCGAUUGGAAAGCGUCAUGGACGAGGAGGACCGGAAGAAGUUCGAACUCGCACAGCAGAGCCAGUCGUACAUCAUUUUACGGCCAGCUCCAAUCGUGUAG